GAAUCGUGGAGGGCUUCUGUGAGCAUGUCUGUCUGUGCGGUAGCUUGUGAGCAGUACUGUGGCUAAUGGCUGCUACUGUUAUAGCUCAUUAUCCCUUUAAGAAAUAUUGAGCUAAAAGAAGAAAUCUGAGUGCUGAUUCAUAGGCAGUCUUUGAAUGUGGCUGGGAAAUCCCCUGCUAGGGGCAGCUUGUGACAGAGAAAUGUGUUCAAGUCGCCUGUGAAGAGAUGUCCGCUCACACGGGGCUAACACGGGGUGUUGCUUCCUGAGCUAGCUCCAAAGAGUCUCACUCAGAGGGUGGAGACUGGCUGGCAGUCUGAAUUUUCCCCCAGUUUCACUUUCUGCGCUUAGGCUUGUUUUGGGAUUGGCUAGUGACUCAGCCUGGUGUGUUGGUGUGAGACUCCUCACCAAGUCACUGCAGAAAUGAGGAAGUGCUGGAUCCCCGAUGUUCAGUACAGUCAGAACCUUUCCGAGGAGCAGGUUGUGAAGGGGCUGCUAACCGCCUGGCAGGUGCUGUUUCCUAGACGGCAGAGCCACCAGGAGUGAAGCGCAUGGCUGCAGAGGCUGGGCUCUUGCCUGUGCCCUGGGAAGGACAAGUUGCCCAUUAAGCGAUGCUGAAAGCCAUUGUGAUCACCGAGCAGCCAGUCUCUGCCUCCGUCCCUGCCGGUUACUCUCUCACUCUGCGAUGUAGAGCGGAGGCCUGCACUUCCCUGCGGUAUCAGUGGUUCUCCCAGCGCCAGUCUGCUUGCUGCCAAAUUACUGGUGCCACCGAGCCAGACUUGCUCAUCACUGCCAGAGAAACCCAACUGUACAUCUGCAGGAUCAACGACUUGCAAAGAAACUUCACCUUCUCUAACUGGGUGAAAGUGGAGGUCCAUAUUGCCAGAGACCUGCUCCCAGAACUGUGGCAAGGAGAACCAGUCAUAGUCAUCAACCCAACUGUGUUGGAGGUGAAAGUGGGCAAGGAACUACAGCUCCAGUGUGCAGCCCUGGGUAUCCCAGCUCCACACUACCAGUGGUAUCACAAUGGGAAACCCAUGGAGGAUCAGAAGAAGAAGAAACUCUUGAUCAACCCUGCAAAGGUCAGUGACUCUGGCACAUACCUUUGCUGCGCAGCCAAUAGCCACGGAGAACACUGGACCAAUGCAGUGGACGUUCAUAUAGGUACGUGUUGGCCAGAUACAUUCUUUGCAACUGACAAGGUGGCACUUUUGGUGGGCAACAACCAUUACCAGAAUCAUCCUAACCUGAUGGCUCCCAUCACAGACGUGUUUGAACUGAGCCUUCUUCUAAAGAAACUGGGCUUCCGGGUGGUUUCCCUUCUGGACCUGAACAAGGUGGAAAUGAUGAUAGCAGUGAAUCAGUUCCUGCAGCUCCUAGGGAAAGGGGUCUAUGCCAUAUUCUACUAUGCCGGGCAUGGAUAUGAACAUUCGGGGAGAAACUACAUGGUUCCUAUUGAUGCUCCACAGCCCUAUGCCCCUGAGAACUGCAUAAGCGUGCAGAGGAUACUACAUAAGAUGCAGCAGAGACAGACAGCUCUCAAUCUCAUCUUGCUGGACACCUGUCGGAAAUGGUAUAACCCACAGUGUGCACUGUCGCAGGUGCAGCCACUGGAGCCCUGGGGGAACACGGUUUAUGGCUAUGCCACGAGUGAAGAUGCAGAAGCAUAUGAAGUGCAAGAUGGAGAGUUCAGCUCAGGCAUCUUCAUGAAGUACCUGAAGAAGCAUAUUCUUCAGGAGAAGAAAGUUACACAUAUGCUGGAGGAUGUGUUGGAAGACAUCGGCCGAGACCCCUUGGUUACAGGGAAGCAGGUGAUGGAGAUCAAGCAUACUCUGAAGGAAGCUCGGGCCUUGACAGACCCCAUCUACCUCACUGGACUGACUGCGGAGCUUUGGGGACACAGCUGUGAGCUGCUGCGGGAGACGGUGACCUUCCCAUGUGGCAUCCAGGUGGAGCUCCGCUUCCGGGAGGUUUUCUCCAAUGUCAUGCACGUGUCUGCUAAGCUGCAGGCACCCCCGCCGCACAUUGCUGACGUCCGGCUUCUGCUAUGCAGGCCUGCGGAGAUGCAAGAUCUGGCAGUGCUGCGGGGCAGCCAGUCUGACCAAGUAGAGUCACUGCUCACCUCUCUAUCAGAGCAUGAGGAACUGGACUGUGUGCUCCGGCUCUGUGGUCUACAGAAAGUUCAGACUGAUGUGUUACUGCAGCUGGAUUUGCACUAUACUCAGCUGGGCACCAAGCAGAGGGCUCGUGAGAGUCUGCAGAAAAUCCUCAGGAAGUCACUGGUAGCACAACUGUUCAGCCAGAAAAAGUGUGUUAUUCCACCCCGCCAGGAGGCAUCAAAACCUUCCAGCUCAUAUCCCAAGGAUGGAUCAAUGGUACCUGCAGCGCAGAAGGGGCUAGCAUCGCUGGAAGUGGAGUCCGGGAGCAGCUCGCAGUGCAGCAGCAAGUCGAACACGUGCAGUGAACCCGAGGAAAAUGAUGAGAGUGACCUGAGCAGUCUCUGCUCAGCACUGCUCAGGGCCACCCCAGGACAGAAUUGCUCCUGAAUGGGAUGUGAAUUGCUGUCCCUAGAGAGAGGUGGGGAUUCUCUCACUACAGGAGGACUGCUUUUCGGGUUACAAGCAAUACUGCUGCCAUAGCCUAAGCCAUACUCCAGAGUCUAACAUGCACUAUGUCCAGACAGUCAAGACAGCUAUUGGAGAGGUAAAAAGAGUUGCCCCCUGUGGCCAUCUCACUGCUGCAUCUCCUCCCCUCUCUCCCCAGAAUAGCUGGAUUCCAGUAUCUGUCCCACUAAGCAUGGAGGGUCAGAGUCCUAGUGAGCAACCUCUGCCACACGCAAAGCUCUAUGCAAGGAUCCUUGGCAAAGGAGUGACCAUCAUGCUGAGUAAAUAAUGUGACAAUCAUAGGAUUUCCGCCCCCUCCAAAAAGUCAUCCAUUUACAGACAAAGUUGCCACCUGGGCGCUCUGAAAGACAGACUGCAAUAAGCAAAGGCCUGGGAACAAGCACUAAAACUGAAGCCAUGGAAAGGUACGAGCUAAAGGAACGUUGCAGGCAGGGGGUGCAAUUUUAAUGCAAUAAAAUAAAACCUUUAAUGCUGACCACAGCAUUGUGUAAAUAUUGUAACAAAUUAAGAAAUAACAGUUUUAAAAUGGCA